UUUUAAAUGCAGUUCCAUCAUUCGUUACUUCGUUUGCUCUGUCAUCUAGUCUAUUAGAAAUUAAUGUAACUCAUCAAAACAUCGAUCGAUUAUAGUUAAUUAUAGUAUGUUCUAUAUUUCCCCCUUUUAUAGACCGUUUUAUUUCGGAAUGGAAAUUUCGGUAAUAAUUUCGAGUUAAGAGAAUAAUGUGAUAUAAUAAACUAGAGAUGUGAUUGCGUUAAAAAAAGUGGUAAUUUUAUUAUUCUUAAUAUACUGUUGUAUUGUAAAACCAAUUGAUGAAUGUAAAAAGUUUGAUAUUCGAGUUAACCAUAGUAACUUAAACCUAUACAUUAAUUUUACUGUUGUAUAUACAGUUUUUCAUAGUAUAUAAAAAUACAGUUGAUCUAAAUAGUUUGAAUACAGUGUCGUAGUGUUCUUAUAUCCAAAUAAUUAAUUGGGGUUUUGGUUUAAUUUUUGUAAAAAUAAUCUUCUAAAGGGAUGAAGGGCGAAAAGGAACAGGAAUUAAAAACAACCAAUCUAUGUCGUGAUUUCAUGCGCAAUGUGUGCAAUAGAGGCAGAUCUUGCAAAUUUUUUCAUCCUCCUAUCGAAGAGGAUAAGCGCAAAUAUGUAUUUUGCCAUGACUUUCAAAAUGGGAAGUGUAAUCGAUACAACUGCCGAUUCAUUCAUUGUUCUCGUGAGUAUGAGGAACAUUAUAAUUAUAAUUAUAAUUUGAUCAGACGCAUGGCACCAGAAAUGUUGAAAACUAUUGAAAUAACUAAUCAACCGCUUGAUGUACCUGUUAGAGGUCCUAAUGGUCCUUUCAAUUCACCCCAGUCAGCGACGCCACCUAACUUCGGUAAUGAGUUGGUCCACAGACGCUUCGAUUUCGAUGAAGACUCCGAUCCCAAGCGUAGGUGCGACGAAUCUGAAAACAGAAUUCCGCUAGGGCACCCAUUCCCCAAUCGUGACAUGGACUUUUCGAUGCCACCUGGGCCUGUGCAUCAACAGCCAUAUUGGUUGUUGCAAGAUGAGGUGGAAAUGUUGGGCAAGCGUAUGGCUGAGUUGAAAAAGCGCCAUGAGGAAUUGCAAGCGAUUAAUGAAUUCUUGUUGGAGAUAAACGCACGGCUGCGCAUAAAUGAACAAUCACCCCUGCGCAGCACCCAGCAAAUGUUUAUGAACAGUGGAAAUGGAAACGUUGCUAAUAAGAAUUUUACAUUAACAAAACAAACAAUGUAUAAAAUAUGUUUCAAUAAGAAACCAUUUUUUAUACAAUUUGAGUACCACAAUAUUUUUUACGUUAGAAAGUAAAAUCUCUUCAUCAUGAAAUGUAUAAAUUUAGUAAAAAAAUAAGUUUCU